AUGAAACAUGAACUUGGUAGUGAAGAAACAAAUCUUCGAAUAUUAGGAAGAGUAUUAUGGGAGAUGGGAAAACCUGAGCUUGCCGAAAAAUACUUCAUUCGCUUUUUAAAACAACUUUCACCAAAUGACCCUUUACGUGCUGAUUUGUAUCAAGAGCUUGGCAAGCUCGCAUCAAAUGCUGGUGACUAUGACAAGAGCGUGCAAUGGCAUCAAAAAUCACUCGAACUCAAAGGUCCAAAUGCAUUAAUUGAUAUGUUCAAUGAUAAUGAACGUAGCAAUUCUAUUGAAUCAAUGAAAACGGUCGUUAAUUUUGCAUCAACCCAAUAG